AUGAAUCCCAGUGUGCCCCAGGACACCACCAGCAAUCUCAACAACAAUCUCUCUAAAGCACACCAUGAUCCUAUUCCCUCGUCCAACUCAUUACGACAUGCUGUUUCCGUGUCCUCUGUGUCAUCAGGACAGUCGUCAAGUCAGGAAGGAGCUGGAGGGCAAACUCCAGAGCAGAGUCAGCCGUCGCAGAGUCAUAUCCACCACCAUCUCCAUCACAGCAACUCGAUGCCACCAGCCUCUACUCCACUCUUUCAACUCGUCAACUUUCCCAGCCGACUUGUCCUGGAGAACGUCUAUCUCAAUGGACUCCAUUCGUUGCGUCGAUUCGGGAUCAAGAACACGUCCCAGGCGGAUAUUGUUGUCAAAAUGAGAUCCAGUCUUGGCCCUCAGAUUUCCUUCCAGCUGACCAACGAAAACUUGCCCUUCGAUCCAGACACAACCGGAGGCCCGCUUCAAGUCGUAUCGACAAACACGGCCGCGGCAGCUGAGGCUGGAUCAACCGGACUGCAAUUCAACCAACUCUUCAAUUACGUCAAUCUUAUCGACGAGGUCACGGUCGCUGCUGGAGAGACCGAAUACAUCAUCCUCGGAUUCUUACCGGAACCCAAGGGCAAGAACAGGAGAGGCACGUCGAACGCCAAUGAUGGAGCGAACAACAACUCAGGCAAUGGCAGCGCCUUUGGAGAUGGUGUCCAGAUUUAUGACGAUAGCCGGCAACGCGAUAUCUCGGCCAAUGGACUCGCAACUGGCAGCAAUAUCGACGCCGAGGAGUUUGACUCGAACGACCAACAGACCGAUAGCUUCGAUGCCUUUGAGGUGAACGGCUUAGUCUUCUUUUUCGCAUACAAGAUUAUUACGGUCUCUGCAGGAUCUAAAGUUUUGGGGAACGCCCCAACGCAACCAUACCCAGAAUCAGAGUUAUCAGAAUCUCCUACCUCCACCCACGCCACGUCCGACCCGAACUCGGAUUCUUCUGGAGCCACGACCUCAGCAACUCAUACCGGAGGAGGAAAAACCGUGACUGGAAGCAUGCUGGAGCCCGGGAACAGUUCGUCCAUCGGACCCAGCACUGCACCACACAAAGCCGACUACCAGCACACAGUCAAAUUUCGCUCGACUGUGUGCCGAUCGGUUCUCUAUUCCGACAUUGGCGAAACUGGCAUCAACUUUGAAGACUGCGUCGCCAAUCAGGAGUACGUCAAAGACUUUACCAUCUGGAACCGGAGCGAGAUUCCCCUCUAUUGGCAACUCAAUACAGUGGAUGUCAGCAGCUCAUCUCGAGAGAAUUGGCUUCGUUUUGUCGACUACGAGGACUCGUAUGGUGGAACCGGCGCAGAAGAUGCAGCGGAACAUGUCGAGGAGCAAGGUCAACACUCUAAUGCAGUCCAGUCCAAACCGAUUCUCAGUUAUGGCUACCGACGCAUCCGCGUUAUUUUCCGACCCAAAGAAAAUGGCGACUUUUUGUUCGACCUAUUGCUCGAGAACCUGAAUGAUGCCAGCAACAUUGAGGAGGCAACUAUUCAUGCAGCAGUGAGGGCAGUCUCGAGAGGGGAGGACACCCUCACAAUAUCGACAGGCAGUACGAUGGAUUUCGGUGACUGCUGCGCGGGCGUCUGGACACGACUUCCGCUUACCUUCACCAACACAGGAUUGACGCCGACGGAAAUCCAUUUGAAGGUCGAAGGCGCAGAGGUGGUGUUUGACAUCCAAACCGAGGCCGCGACAGAGGGUUCUGACCCUUCAUCGGAUCUGUCAAAAGAGGGCAAGUUUCUCCUGGAUCCCGAUAUACAGUCCAGCUGGUAUGAGAGCUCCCGUCGGUCAGAAUCCUCAGCCAAUACCGACCAUCCGGAUCACAGCAGCGUGGGCGGUCAAGCUAGUCGGAGUCGCCUUCGAGAUUGGAUGGAAGAUGGCCCCCAGUCACCCAACGCCCUCGGAUUCACAUCGUCUGCCCCCAGCGUGGCCGACUCAGCAGGAACAAAAGGGGAUCGUGCAGGACGCGAGCAAGGCUUGCUGGUCGAGUCUGGGCCAUCAUCCCCAGUCCUCUCCGAUGGUUUUUUCCCCGACAAUGUCCACCCCAUCAACCCUACAGUCGCCAGCUAUCUUGCAGGCCAAGAUCUUGCACGCCCGCCAAUGGAAGGGAUCGAGGAUGACGGCGAAUCAGAGGCGGAUACGACAAGCGUUCAGGACUCCUUGACAGCGAACAACUUGGUCAACCACAAGAAGCGACCCAGCCUGCGAUCCAUCUCCUUUUCCGGAGCUCAGCGGGAGAAAGAGCUGAUUCAAGCUCAGAUCCAUGCACCAAAAUCGCCAGUUCGAGGCAACCAGUCAACGACUCGGAUCGAGGAGCUGUUUGUCAAGCCAGGCAAAGAGAGAACCGUCAUUGUCUCCUACCGCCCUGCUCGUGACUCGUCCAUCGAGGAUUUUCAGGCAGGAAAGCUUUUGCGAAAGUCCUUCCGCAUCAUUGUCGCAUACGCUCCUUGGGGCGGUCUGACCUCGACCGUGCCCUUUUCCGAGAACAGUCAGAGGGAUCGCAAGAUUGUUCAGUGCAAGGCUCGUGCAUGUACAUCUUUUGUGACCUUUGAGCCCAAGUCGUUGGACUUUGGAGACACUGACGUUGGAGCACUCAAGUCGCUGCCAAUCAAGCUUAUGAACCAAUCAGAGAUCCCAGCCGUUGUCCAGCUGGAUUUCCAGAGCAAGGUCCUCAACUGCUCACCAUCGGGCGCCAUCACUCUGGCACCUAAAUCCAGCACGGAACUCAAGCUCGACAUCUACCCGCGCAAGGUCAACCCGGAUUACAGAAAGCAGCUCACACUAUUCAACUUUACGAAUCGGGCGAACGACCAGAUUAUCGAGGUUCGAUCUACCAAUAUCGACAAGAACCGGGUCACUUUCCAUUCGUUAUUCUACAGAGUUCUCUAUCCAGGCGGGACCAACUUUCUGGAUUUCGGCAACGUCGUCGUCGGAGGUAUCAGCUUGCGGACCAUCACUAUCUCAAACUUCACCAAGAACUGGCUGACCUUGGAGGUGACAACAAGUCUUUGCGGAGAGCUGUCCGUGUAUGAGCGUGCCCGAGAGCAUCGAGAUUACCUGAACCUGAAUAAGGUCAGCGGGUUGCUUUCAAACGAUCAGGAUAUCCAACCCACCUCUCAAGGCGGCGUUCACAACAUUGCGCAUUCUCCAAUGACAAGAUCUGGUGGAUUGUCAAUUGUGGGACCGGGAAGGGCAGCCCCUAACGAUGGUUCGAAGUCGUCCCUGUUCAAGAGACGACAGGAACAACGCGAACAGCACUCUAAUGGGACGUCAGAAUCAGGAACUCCCGCAACGAUCGGAGGAGGAGCUCUCGCCUCGACUCUCGCUUUAAAGGCAAAGGCGAUCCUCUUCCAUGGAGAUGUGUCCCAGGGUGCCGGUAGCUCUUCUGCUGGUUUUCUGGAUCUAGCAACCAACAAACCACGAGAGGUGAAAAAGAUCACUAGGCGCAUCCCUACCAUGAAGGAGCUGCUGGAGCCAGCCACAAAGCCCAAGAGCAAGUCGACGAUAGACCGGCCUGGCAAGACUACUGGACCAGGCCACACAGAGACGUCAUCCCGGUCUCCUCGCUCGAACGCCACAUCUCAACAAAGCUCUGGUGUGUCCAUUGCAGACUCUUCCAAACGAUCGGACGCGAUCUCCACCACAUCCCAACGGCUACAGGAUCCAAAGACGUUGCAGGGCGAAGCCACGCAGCAAGCGGGUGGGGACGGCAAGCAACAGGUUCAGUCGUUGUUAAGCGAAAGGACGCUGGAGAGUGUUUUGGCAGCGAUGGACGCCAGCUCGACAACAGGAGGAUCCAUGCUAUUUUACAAGCCCGCUGACGAGGAGAGAUACGUGAAGGAGAAGAUGAAGCUGACGAGAGAGCUCCAGAACGCCAUUGCCAGUGGAGAAUUGGCGCCAAUUUCUGUGGUGAGCGUGCCUCCAGAAACGGAACAUCAGCUCGUUGUCCUGUUCACACCUUCUUCGACCUUCCGCGACCACAUCAAGGGUAUCCCCAAGAACCAAGACGCUCGCAUCUAUCUGAGACUCGUGGACUUUGACCAGGAGACUGUUGCGAACAACCCCCAGUUUAGGCCACUGUUGGAUGGGGAUCUCAGCCAGAUUCCUCUACGGGAGAUCAUGGUCCGAUCGUCGCUUGUCAGGAGUAUCAUGGACCUAGGCCAGAACAACAUUAACUUUGGCAACAUGGACAAGGGGGAGAAGCGGACCAAAACAAUCGUCAUCCAGAACCGCAGCAAGGAGCCGUUACUCUACCACAUCCGCAAGUCUGGAUCCAUUGCGUCAGGUGACAUUGUUCUCGGUAACGGCAAGAGUGGUGUCGUCCGCGGCUACAGCAAGAAGGAGGUCGACUUCAUCUUUGAGCCGUCGCUGUCGGGCCUGUAUCACGAGAGGCUGGCAAUCGAGAAUAUUCAGGACCCCGAGAGCGGCCGCGUGUUGAGUGUCAAGGCCAACAUCCGGAAGCCAAAACAUUUUUCGAUCGAUUGUCCAGAGGUCGACUUUGGAACAUGUUCUGUGAAUUGCAAAACGGAAUCCAAGCGAAUCACGGUGACAAACUCGACCAAGCAGACCAGGACGUUUGAGGUUCGUGUCGACCCCCACGAGAUGAUGCCGCUCGCUGCUGGAACGCACUUCGGUGGCGAAAUUGAGUUUACUCUCGAGGAUGACCCCGCUGGCCAGGCUGUUGUCACCAAGGAGAUGGAGGACGAGAUUGAGAUCCUAGAACAAAAACUCAAGAUUGCCAAGCGAAAGGGCCGCGACGACAAGGUCAAGAAGGUCACUGCUCGACUGAGUCUUCUCCGGAAAGGCGGUGUUGAAGAUAAGGUGGAAUCGCCCAAACCAGCUGAUGAUGCGACACCUACUCAGGAGAAGAUACAGGAAUUGUUCAAACCAGACCAGCUCAGCUCUCCACUUGUUGACUCUAUUGCCAAGAGUACAGCUUCGACCACGCCAACCUCAGUUACCCCUGCUAACACACCCACGGUCAAGGACGCGCCGAAGUUCAGGCGGACGGAUCACUCGAUUGUGUUCACACUGGAGGGAGGAAAGACCAAGUCUGUUUCGGCUUACUUCACAGCACUGCGUAAUAAUCCAGUGUAUGCCUCCAAUGCCAUCGUUGACAAGGAACGUAUCCGUCUACAAGGAAAGAUCUACGUCCACGAGCACAAGAACAGGGAUAUUUGUCGCGAGGUGAUGUUCAUUGCUACCGUCGAGCCCCAGGUUCCGACCGAGGAAGAUGCUGCUGAAGAGCCACCGACGUCGACCUCGCCUGGAUCAGUUGCGGACGACAAGGUUGCUAAGAAGGCGUCCAAGAAGGCUGCCGUCGCCAAGGAGAUCAAAGUAGGAGAGAGCGUCGUCAAAAAGGCAUUAAGCUCCGCUGAUGUCGAGGGUGAGACGCCCUUCCAGGAGUCAGAACCCCCAGCCGAACACCUUGUGCUGUCGCCGUCAGAGUUUGACGGAGGCAAGGUCGAGCUCGAUCAAAAGGGCACUUUCUAUUUCAAGUUGUCCAACACCUCCGACAGUCCUUUGCCAUACCGGAUUGAACUUGACACCGGCGCCAAUGGCAGUGUCUCGCGAUUUGUGCUGGACGAGCAUGAACUGGUUGGGUCCCUGGAGCCGAAGGAGGUGAAGCGGCUCAUGUUUGGCUACUUGACUCACGACCUUGGACGACUUCGGGACUCCCUUCGGGUGAUCAACCUUGUCACACAGGCGGCGCACGACUUUGUUUUCACUUGCUAUUCUCAUCGUGCUCAGUAUCUGGCCUUUCCUUCCCUGGACGAGUCCAUGAAGCUGGACCUUGGCCACUGCUAUGUCGACACCGGGCGCAAGUACUCCCAAGUGACGCCGCUCUUGGUCGAGAACGUCACGGAUGACGACGUCUACAUCGCGUGUGCUUCCAACUUGGCCCAGCAAGUGGGGAUUUACCUUGACGAGCAGGCGGAGAAGGGUCAGGUCACCCGGACGCUCCUGAAGAAGCGCAGCAUGGUCACUGUUUGGGUUGCUGUCCAACCCAACCUGCUUGGAGGUAUCGCUGGAGGAAACUCGAGCCGCCGGGCGGCCACCUCCUCUAGUGGUCUGAGCUCGACCUCACAGGAGCGAGAUAGCGAGUGCCGUACGUUGGUCGGAGGCAUCAAGUUUUCUGUGUCCAUUUCAGACGCUUCUGCUGCUGUCGAGGACACGGAGGAUACCCUCACUCAAGUCCUAUCCCAGACAGUUAAAUUUACCUCUGUCAUUGGCCGAUCUAUCCUCUCGGUCUCGGACACACUCCUCAACCUUGGAUGGACGCCAGAAGUAGGACGACCUGUGUACGGGUCAUUCACGCUCCAGAACAUGUCCAGUCGUCUGCCGCUGGACUUUCAGAUUGAGUCGCUCUCUGGCAACAUCAUUCUGGACCGGACGGGCGGAAUCUUGGACGGCUGGGAGGUCGACACUAGGAGAUCUGGAACGCACGACCACAUGGACAGGGAUCAGCUCAAGGACGGCGAUGACGACGAUGACGACAACGAUCCAUCUGAGGUCGCCCCAACUGAUCGUUCACGUCUCUGGAUCAGUUUCCGAUUCACUGCGUCUACCCCUGGUCUAUUUACCGACACGAUUUUGGUGACCAACAAGAACAACUGCUCUCAAAAGAUCCACAUCAAGGUUCGCCUGUUUGUCGAUCCUGGUCGACUCUCGACGAUUUUGCACGGUCCAGGCUACACUUGUCCCAUGUCGGUAGAUGAGUCGCAGGAUGAUCUGGAAGCCAAGCCCGGCGUUCCUCGAGAGGGUCUUGCCCUUCCUACUCUGUCGUGGGAGGAUGUCUACGUUAGUGUUGCUGAAGAUGAGGAUACUGGCGGACAGGAGAGUCGGGCCUUGGUCGCACUUCAACCCCAACGUGGACAGGAGGAUGCUCGGGUCGACGACCGUUGGGUUGAGCUGUUGAACGGUGGUGACGAGGUGAUGGAACUUGUGCCUCUGUGCGACAUCACUGCGGACACUAUUUGGGAGCACGGAAGUCCGCCAUCUUCGUCGGAACCGCUUUCAGAAGCAGCCAACAAGGCAAUCGACGGAUUCCAUGUCUGUGGCUCUAUCAUCCGACUUGUCCCUGGUCAGAAGGUUCAUUUGGCCAUCUCUUGUCCUGCGCCAGAAUUGUCUACCAACGAUGCUCAGCAACUCCAGUCAGGAAAAAAUGUCUCUCUGUCGGGUACGCUGAUGGUUGUAGAUCGCGUCAAGGAUCAAGUCAUGAAGGUGCUGGGAUUGUCGUCCUCGUUCGGAGUUUCCUAUGCCGAAGUGGUGCCGUUGUCGACGGAUCUCGGGAAAAUCGGUCACUACAACUCGUGGAACCCGGUCAAGAUCAACUUUGAGGUUAAGAACUCCAGCGAGAUCCCCCUCUCUUACGAGCUUGUCCUUCAGGAUUAUAUGGAUCUGGCCCCUAUUCGCUUGACGGUGACGGAGGAGGAAGGCAUUCGUCCUCAUUAUCCCGUCAUUGGAACCAAGAGGAAGAUCCGCUCACGUGGCACGGAUUCAAUCGAGGUUCUUUUGGAUCCCAGGAGGAUCGAGAAUUUUGAGAUCGGACGCCGUACCUUCCCCAUCCGGAUCCUCAACCUCCAUAAUCCUCUGAACGAACCCGUGUUCAACGUGAGCGCCGUUCUGACAGAGUUCGAACUUGGAUUUGACCGACUUACAGACGGCACUCUGGUGCUGCCUCCAUUGACCCAUCCAUUACCGUCCUCUGCUCUUCCUUGCGAUGCCUGGUUCUCGAUCACGAACAAGUCACUGGAGGACGUCAAGUUUGAGAUUGGAGCGACACUUUCACCGGACGUAAUCGACUAUGUGCAUCUGGACGUUCUUUCCCGCUUCUCGAACUCGCCACUCCGUGGCAGUAUUACCCUCAGCUCACGCGGAUCGAUCGGUGUCCGUAUCCGUGCCUUCCCGAAGGAGGGUUCCCGUUUGCCAAGUGACACUGCAGCCCUCUGUACACCCGACGGAUUGACGUUUGGCAACCUCUGGGUCUCAACAAAGCCUAUGACUGCCGAGGAGGAGACGACUACCAAGCGGUUUGCUCAGAAUAUCCUUAUUCGCGGCGCCUUGGUGGAAGGAUCCAUGUUUUCGCUGUCGACUCAAAGGAUCGUCUUUAGGAGUUUGAUGCAGUCAUCCGACUACGAGGAUGACAGUGACGACGAACGACUCUCCGUUCCCGAGACUGCGGCUCUUUCUUCGUCCAAGGAUGUGUCGGAAGACGGCAUGGGAUCAGACGUGCAGAAAGCGACCAUCACCGUGUCAAACUUGUCGAUGACCUUCCCACUUGAGUUCCAGAUGACGCUGGAGGGCCCUAUGGAGUAUCCAGCAGCCGAGAUCAUCAGGGUAACACCUCUGGACAGCAGCAACUGCGGUGUAGUUGAGGCAGGCCAGCAGCUCAAGCUGGUGGUGGAGCUCAUUGACCCUCAUCUGAUUAUCUCGGAGGACAUCAAACUGUACAUCCGGAACUUGAACUCCAAGCUGGGUCAGCAGCAACGCGUUCUGAUCAGUCUCGUGUCUGACAAUCGGGAGCAUCGGAAACCCACCAAGAAGCAAGCCAUCGAGGACGAACGAAUCGACCCCCACCACCGCCAGAACAAGUUGGAGGAACCCGCCGUGGCGAGCAUGACUAGCAGUUCACCCAAUUUAGCCCAGUCCUCCGGGGCGACUGAAGUGGACGCGAGUGCGUUGCAACCUGUCAUAUCGCUGCGAGGAUGUAAGCGUAUCGACUCUGGUGAGGCAUUUGGCGGUCGCUACGAACUGGAUCUUGGACAGCAGGAUAUGGGAUCAGCUAACGUCAUCCGUAAACUGGUCCUGGAGAACCCUGGAUAUGAUAGGGUUUCAUACAGGAUCAAGACGAUCUCUGCAUUGGACAAGAACUGGAUCAAGAUUAGCCGACCGGACGGAACACUUGAGCCACCUUCGGAGGAGCAGCUGUCGGCUGGAUCGUCCUCUGUUCACACGAUUACACUGGGAUUUGUCACCAAUGUCCGGAACGUAUUUUCGACGUACUUGCUGAUCGAGAACGUGGACAACCCCGGUGACACCAAGACGAUCCGAAUUACGAUGGAGGUGGUUGCACGGCAGAACCUCCGGCGAGCGGCCAAGGGCAACGAAGCGAACAACAGAGUUUUUGACGUGUUUGUGAACGGAAUCGACCAGAAGAACUCGUCGACGAUCGACAUGAAGAAUCUCUUCUAUGGAUCCGAGUACACCGCCAGGAGCAUGGUCGUCUACAACCGAGAGAGUGUCCCCAUGGAGUUUACCUUCAAAUCGAACUUGUCGCCUUCGGAUACGACCGAGAUUUUGUUUUCAACAUCACGAACGUCUGCAAAGCUGUUCAAGACGUUGACUGUUCCCUCGGAGAACCAUGUCCGUGUCUACAUCCGCUUCUUCCCUCGCCCGUCUGCAGCCAUACAGGCGGCAAUUGACAGCGGCGAGAGCCGGGACCCAGAUGAGCUGGAGCUCAAGACCGUUGAGAUUUACAUCAACUGCCGUCUUGUCAAAGACUACCAGCAAGUCGUUCUCCUCACUGCAGAGUGCUACAUGCCUGCUGUCCGCGUCAACUGGCAAGAUUCCGUUUCGUUCAUCGGGCGCUUCUCCCGUGAAUCGUCUGGAUCAGUCGAGAACACGGACGAAUGGAAGAUCUCAUUCAAAGAGGAUUACCGGACCUUGAGCAUCUUCAACUUGCUCCAAAUCCCUCUUGAAUACGAGAUCGUGAACGACACGAUGUACUUCAACCUGGAGUAUCCAGAGCCGGACAAGAUCAUCGAUGGGUUAGACAAGCACGAGAUCCGCGUCGUCCCUAACGCCAAAGCUCUUCUCCGAAACGCAGACAACUUUAGGAGGGAGAAAUACGUUCAGGAAAACAUCACCAUUUACAACCGCAACCGACCUCUGGAGAACUACUGGAUUCCACUUCGACUCAGUUUUGGAAACGUUUCGAAUUUUCAGCUGUCUUCUGGGUACAAGAGCUCGUAUGCCUUCGGUAUGAUUGAGCAACACGUCGUCAACUUUCUCAGCGACUUUAACUCGCAUGCAGUCCUGGUCAACAUGGGCAACAGUUGCUUCCCUGGGGCUGUCUCGGCAACGAGUGCAGGCAACGGAUUGGUUUCGAACGCAAGCAAUGGUUUCAGCCUGUCAUCCAUUGGACUUGGACCUGACCGUAGCUCCAGUCCCGGAUCGACCCACUCGUCUCCUUUGUUGCUGAGCAGCGGCCUGACGACACUUAUUUCGCCACCAAACUCUGGACCUGUUGUCGGCAUGUUGGGUUUGGGACGGAGCACGUCGCCCCUGGCAGCAACUACUCCAGGCUUUCACCAACCUUCGCAUCAUCCCCAUUACCAGAGCGCAGAGGCACAGGAAACGCAGCGCAAGUUGAUCGACCUCGAGUUCAAGUACCACUACGUUGUCGAUCAACUGGUCUACUACAGUACGAUCAAGACAGGGGAGAACUUUUUCCAGCUGGCCAGUCUGUUGUUUUGCAGCUUGCUAGGCAACCGAAUUUUCCAGAUUUGGUCGCCAGCAUAUCUGAAGGACCCUCGCGCAACAUCAACGGCGUCGACGAGCGGUGGUUCAGGGUCAGGAUCAGGACCAGGAUGCGGCAAUGGCACCGCUGUUCCUGGGGGCCAAUCGGGAUCAGGUGGAAAAGAGGAGAAUGGUGACAGGAUGCCUUAUCAGACUGGAGCGAAUGGGUUUACUAUGCAGACCCAUAACGGGAACUACCAGCAACAGCACCAGCACCAACAACAACAGCCUCAUCCCUUGUACCGCGCACAAGGGGAUGACGGCAGCGAGGAGACGUCGAUUCGAGUGUGGCCGCAGUCGUUGAGGAAGUGGGUUGAGGCACUGGAUUACUUUGUCUCGUUCUUCCCGUACCACUCACGACAGUUGGAGACGCUCAAGGCCUUGCACCACAGCCUCAUCUCGACGUAG